UAUAUAUAUAUAUAUAUAUAUAUAUAUAUAUAUAUAUAUAUAUAUAUACUGUUUCGUAACGAAUAAAGUAUCCUCGAGAUUGUGAAGCGACUAAGAAGACUUAUAAUAAAUUUUAUAAGACAAUAGAUCCUUCUUUUUGUCGUCUCUUAUUCCUUAUCGAUUGACUAUCGAUAUCAAUUCCGAUUUUCAUCCCUUUUUUCAUUCACGUUCUUCGUGACAGCAAUCUUUUUCAGACAUGUAUAAGGAAAAUUUUCAAGUAAAAAUUUACAAUAAACCUUCCACGUUCGUCGACUCAUUCUGAUUUGUUAAAGAUGAAUAUUAUUCGAAAUUUAUACUAAAAUUGGUCUUAUAUAAAGUAGUACUAUCAGGCAAGUUACUCGUCAUUUUCAAUUUUCAUCUCUUAAUUAUGUAUUGGUUAGGAAAAUUAUCGUAGAAAUUUCAACGAAAUGCGAAUAUUAUUUUAAUAAUAGAAAGAGAAUUAUUUUAAUAAGUAUUCCGAUAAAAUAAAUUCAGAAACAACAUGACGGACACGGCGGCAGAGAAGAAGGCAGGGAUGAAGGGUGGACCGGGGACAUCCGGCGAGGGUGACGCUCUUCCAAAAAAGAAAAAGCCAGCACGCUUCGAUUUUGGCAGACGAUGGCAUAAAUUCCGUGUUUUGACGCCGAACUCUGCGAUCCUUCGUGGUUCUUACGCGAUGAACGAUCGCCACUUCAAAUACAGAAGCCGUGGUCGUCAAGCUGCUCCAGCAUCGAUCGUAGCUAUCGUCUAUGGCCGUUUAUUCGAGCCGAAAGAAUGGGUGAAAGAAUACGUAGACCAAGUGUUGGAAUACGGAGACAAAGUGUUCCGUACCAGCGUAAUGAGAAAUCACGUAAAAGAUAACGAAUAUAUGAAAGCCAGUCUUGUCCAUCCAGAAUUCUACAUUUCCAAUUACAAAGUCUUAGUCUGCGUAGAAGAGACAGGAAUUUAUGGAAACUUGUUGAGUGAAGCUGUCGGUUGUCCGGACUUUGCGGAUGGAUUGCAAAAGUUCUUUCAGAAUAAUGACGCGGGAGUAAUCACAGCUCAAGGAACAUCUAUGGCCAUGUGGCGUCAUCCUGAAAUCGGUUUUUUAUUCUUUGAUCCAGCACCCUGUGACGAGGAAGGUGUUCACCAUCCAGAUGGUGUAGCCUGUGUCAUGAGAUUCAAAUGUCUGAACGAUAUUCGCGAUCAUUUCCUCAAGAGUAUGGACCAGAGAUACGAUUCCAGAUAUUGCAUCGACAAGGUGACUGUGUUGAAGGUCACCGAAGUAGGUCGUGGAUAUAUUGAUCGUUUACCGAGCAGCUUGUACGUCGAUAGAAGCGUUUUAAGAACUAUCAAUCCUGUCGACAUCGAUGAGAAUAAAAUGGACUGCACCAAACCGGUACCAAAGGGACAGAAGAAGCAGGUUGUUGUAGCAGCUAAGAUUCAUAGAGAACCUUUACAAAUUACCAUUUCGAACUACAGUAUUGAUAAGCGUUUUGCAACAGAUCCUCUCGUAGAUCAGAAUAAAUUUGAUACUGGUUACAGUUACGAGGACAUGCACGUGAACGUACCAUCGACGUUUAGGGAGCUUCCGGGUUCUAUGGCGAUUCUCCACGGGCUGACUCACGAGCACAGUGAGAUGUACAAAGGCAAAGGAGCUCAGAAUGUAGCAAACUGUGUUCUGGCUAUCGCCAUGAAGAAGGUUCACCCGGUAAAAACGUGGUUAAGGCCAAAGUUAGACGAAAUAUUGGCUUUGGGCGAUAUUUUGUACGCCGAGGUGAAGUCUGCCAAGCCAAUGAUGAAAAAUAUGACUGCUCCUGAUUUGAACGAUAUCAAAAUCGAAUUAGAAGGGAGAAAAUUGGUUAUAGACGUAGAUUUGAUCACGGUCACUGGAACGAUCUCUUCCAAGAUACCAACUGUGUUGAAUCUGAGACAAGCUUUGGAAGAAUUCUUUCUGGUUAAUACAGAAGGAGUAAUUGAAUCUUCUUCCAUGUCCGUGGCGAUUUGGAGUCAAGAUGAUUGUUUCUAUAUGUUUGAUCCUCGCCAGUGUGACGUGAUUGGUGUUAGGAUUCGAGAGGAAAAGGGUGGGAAAGGCGCCAAGGCUGAGAAUUCUCAAAAGAAAAAGGGCAACUGUUGUGUGAUAAGAUUCCCUACUACCGACGCGUUGGCUGCUUUAUUUUUGAAAAAUUUGGAACAGGCGAAGAAAAACGAUCGUUUUACCAUCAGACAUAUUACAAUUCCAGAUGACGUUCCUGGAACCAGACCGUGGCACGAUUUCCAGCCGGGAACGCCAGGAGAAACGUGGGUUCUUCAGGGAACUAUAUCAAACGACGACGAAGGCUUUGAGGACGAAAGUAGAGGAAUUCAGGGACUGGCUAUGCCAGUGAUAGCUUUAGUUGCUGCUAGGGAAACACCGCCCGCGAAAUGGACCAACGAGAUCGUUGACACCGUAGUUAGAGAAGGAGACGCUUAUUACAAUUGGUGUAAUCCGCUUAUGGAAGUUGGUGAAGAUGUUGAACGAUAUUUCUUCGUGCCAAAUUUGAAGAAGAAUCUGUACUUUAAAAAUAGAAAGGUAAAAAUUGAUGUGGAAGAAGGAACUGUUGUUGGAGACUUGACUUCACCAGCCGAUUCCGAUGUUCCAAAUUUGGUCUCAGCUUUAAACCAAUUUUUCGAAGAGUAUCAGUAUGGAAUCGUUGACGUGAAGAAUAUGAGCGUGGCCGUGUGGAAAGUUGAAGAAGAAGUAAAAGAAAAGGACGAAAUGGUCCCACAGAACGUGUAUUACUGUUUCGAUCCUAAUCCUCGAAACAAGCAGGGUUUAUGGUUAAUCGAUGAAAUGGAAGAUGAAGAGAACGCAGCCUGUGUAAUUCGAACUUUGGAUCUGUCUGUUCUGGCGAGUAUAAUCGAAACGAAUGCCGGCCAGGAUUCAGAAACAAACAACGAAUUCGCCAUUCAUAAUAUGAAAGUCGUUUCUAUAGGUCAAGAAAUGACCGAAGAAGAAGUUGAAGCAGACAAACAGAUUCCAGUGAAGCCUGAUUUGAACAAUUAUUUCAACAUGGGUGACAAUGGAGCUAUCUUACUAGGGAGUUUCAAUCAAGCUAACGAGGUGAUGUUUAAAAGGCAAACUAGAGACAAACAGCAGGCUGGAAGUGCCUUGGCAACAUUAGGAAUGACCAAACUAUAUAAUCCUCAUUUAUGGUACAGAGAAGUGGUGGACGAUAUUCUUAAAAUAGGUGAUAAGAUUACUACAGACAAUUUAGAGAAUCUUCCAGAAGGAGCAGAGGAGGAAGAGACUCCAAGAACUUAUCUUAUCCCUAGUGAAAUUAGCGAAGAUUUCGCUGUUGGAGUGAAUAGAAUAUACGUUAGCCUCGAAGAAGACACUGUUACUGGCAAGGUAACUGAUCUACAGUCGCAAUUGGAGACUUUCUUUGAAAUGAACGCUAUGGGAAUAUUUAGGCAAGAUCACGUAAUAAUGCCUAUUUGGAGAGAAGGCGAAGUAUUCUUCACGAUGGAUCCUAAAGGAAGAGAUACUCGAGGAGAGCCUCGCGAAAGAGACGGCACUGCUGCUGUAAUGUGGUUCACCGACAUAGAGUCACUCGCUAACGCAAUUACAGCGGUUGCUACCGGUGAAGAUUUCACUUUGGACGUGGUCAGCCUGGAUAACGCAUACGAGACACGCGUAGCUGAAGAAGAACGUCCAGCGAAGCCGAGUUCAGGAGACAAUCCGUGGUAUCAUUUCCCUAAAAUGACAGAAGGCGUAUGGACCAUCGAUGGCACAAUUGGUAUGGACGAUAUGAAGUUCGAGAGAGUCAAUCGAAACAACCAAACCGCUGCCAUUGCUGUGAUGGCCAUUGUGUUUGCGAAAGUAUAUGAACCGAGAUACUGGACGCAAGCUGUGCUCGAUGAGGUUAUAGUGACUGGAGACAAACUACACUCAAAAUGUGUAGAUAGACUUGGAGGGGGUACCAUUCCAAGGAUCAAUGAUAUUAUGACAGAGUUUUUCCUUUCGUCUCGUCGAAUAAAUUUAAGCAUCAAAGACUGCGUCGAAGCUGGGAGUCUGACAGCCAAGCCACCUAAAGUUCAAGAUUUAAAGACUGGGAUAACUAACUUCUUCUCUAAGUACAAGUCAGGCGCGCUGACUAUCAGUCCGAACAGAAAUAUUGCUCUUUGGAAAUUCAACAACGAUUACUAUGCUUUGAUACCAGAUUGGACGACCACUUCAGACGAGACAGUACUAGUGAGACCCAAAGUGUUACGUUUUACUAACAUUGCCACUCUUAUAGAGUAUCUUCAGAACUUCUUAGGAAGCGAAGGCGACUAUGAAAUGAUUGCUAUCGACGUGGUCAAUUGGAACAAGCUUCCACCGUGGAAGUUCGACCCUAGUUCUGCUGUUCGUCCUUCGAAUCUGCCACCUUUGAACGCUUACAGAAGAGUUCGUGGCGAAGCUCGAGCAAUUUUAAGAGGAAGUUAUCAUCAAGGUGACGAGAUCUUCCCUGAACAAUUAAGAAACAAACAGGAAGCCGCGAAUUGCGUCGUUGCUCUAGGGAUGUCUGUAGUGAAGAACCCAGUCACUUGGACGAAGAAGACUAUGGAUGAAAUUUUAGCCAUGGGCAUCAAUGUUCACAGAGAAACGAAAAAAGCAAAGCCAACGAUAAUUCGUGUGAAACCGAAAGACAUUAUCAGAGUGUUCUACGUAGGAGUUAAUAUUUUGACAGCCGAUAUAGAAUCAGGAACAGUGGCUGGAAUAGUCGCGAUUCCUCCGCCGGAUCCUGAGGACAAGAAGAAGAAGAAGGGAAAGCGAACGAGGCGAGCUAGAACUAGAAAAACCAGGAGUAGAAGACCUCAAAGGGUUCGAGCUCCACCUCCACCACCGAUACUUCUCGAACAGGGUGUACCUCUGUUCUUUGAGAAAAAUCGUGCUGGAAUCGUGGUGACUGAUCGUGGAGCAGUGGCUAUUUGGAAAGAUAUGGGCGUCUACUUUAUGUACGAUCCUCGUGCACGAAGCGAUCAGGGUCUCCAAGAUUUCUAUGGUACCUCGUGCGUCAUGUGGUUCGCUUGCUUAGAACCACUUUACGAGGUUUUAUUCGCUAACAUCGACGAACAAGAAAAGUAUGGUCAUUACGAGAUCUGUAGAGUUAUUAUCAAGACCGCCAUGAUCGAACCUUUACCAUGUCCAGCUGGUUUCAGACCAUAUUUCGACUGCACAGGCCCGCCAAUUCCAGUAAUUCCAAUGGUAGGGGCGAAGAAGAAUACUACGUUGGAUGUGGAGACAGUUACAGAAUAUAAUAUCGUGGAUGAAGAGCUGAGCGUUCUUCGUGGUACGUUGCACAUGCAUCAUAGAAUUUGGAGUACGGAUACAAGAGGCUUCCAAAGUACAGCAAUCGCUGCCGUGGCUAUUGUGGUUGGUCUUCUUCACGUGCCAUCUACCUGGACACCUGAAUUAAUCGACGCUAUUUUGAGAUACGGAGAUUUAUUACAUUCGGACAGUGUACGAGCCACACUUUCAGGGAACAGGAACUUAUCUCCCAGUGAAUUGUUGACUGUCUUCAUUGUUGGGGAUUUUAGAGCUACGAUACAUAUUCAUAAUCAUACUACAGCUGGAUUGCUGCAUACCUUUGAUUUGUCUGAGUCUUUGGCCAUGUUCUUCCGAUCGAAUUGUGCUGGGAUUCUUCAUACAAAUAAUAUGGCGGUCGCAGUGAUGCAGCAUUAUGGCAAGUUUUAUCUAUUUGAUCCUUGCGCCAGAGAUGAUCAGGGAAGGCCCAGUUUCGAUGGUGCGGCCUGUGUGAUGAAGUGUGAAAAUAUUAUGAACAUGGCCAAGGUGUUUGUAACUAAUUGCAACUUGAAGACACCGAACGUGUACACUUUGAACGCUGUGAAUGUGCUGAGCUUGUACUUUUUCUCAGACGCAAAGACCCAAUGUCCGCCCAAGUGUAUUCAAUGAUGAGAAUUACCUAUUUUUGUCCUGUUUUUGGUUUUAAAUGGGAAAUUUGUUUAGCUAUAUCGUAAUAAAGGUUCAGUCUUCUGUUCUUCACAUUCAUGUUUGGAAUAUGUUUUGAAUAAAUCGGAUUGAUUAUUAAUCCUUUACAUUCGUGAAACAUUUUAUUAAGUUCUCUUUUAUUUAUUAAUUCGAUAAUUUUAUAAAUUGAACACAUUUAUAAAAUUCAUAUUUAUGGUUCAAAAAAAAAAAAAAAAAUAUCGUGCUAUGGUAGCUAACAACGAUGAGGUAUUCUUUGAAGAAAAACAAGAAUUUUCGGAAGACUAGUACUUUUUAUUUAAUUUUCAUUCCAUUCUUUGCUUCUUCUUUCCUGGUUUUCCACCAACUGUUCAAUAAUAUAAUCGAAAACGAAGUUUCAUCGCAGUUCAAUGCGAGCAUCGGUCUAGAGAAACCGGUACGCCUCGCUUAUCCUUGAAACUCCAAGAUAGAACCGAUAAUUUCUCUAGAAUCGUAUCAAAGUUGUAUCCCGUUACGUGUUAAACCGUUCUUUGUCCAAAAAUCAAUCAAGCCGUGUAAUGUCAUUUCAAAACCACUCUCGAUCAGAAACACGAUUAGUAUGUAAUUACAUACUUGGAAACAUUUUCCCAAGCGAGACACUUGCGUCUUUAGCAGCCACACUGACUUGGACGCGAAGAACGGGCAAGUAAAGGUGAAAACAGACAAUAAAUCGACGCGGUCGACAACAUUCUCAAAUUGCUAAUUUUAUUUAUAGGUUUCUUUAUGACACAAAUCACUUUUAGCAUCUACAAUGAGUAGGAGUACAGGCUAUACGAGAAUGAAUUUGAUACAGAUCACUUAUUUAGUGUAAAUACAAUGUAUCCUCUUCAAUUACACGCUAUAUAAACUAGAUACUUAGAAAACACUGUACAACGCAGCUGAGAACUGUCGGUGAUACUUUACAAUAUGUUACAAGCACUCCUUGAAGCGAGACGAGCCUAACCGCGCCUGAACUUUCUUCCUUUUCCUCGCCAUGAAAAAGAAGAAACACGAUUCAUAAUCGCUAGCAGUUAGGGCGUUCCCGAGUGACUUUUCGUAUGACGUUUCUCACGUGGUCUGUAGGCCGUGUUUACAAGCGGAUCCCGGAAGCUAUUCCACAUUUAUCACGCUCCUAUCUAACAUUCUUUCGUUUCACGAACACGUUCUCUCCAUCUCCUCCUUAUUUUUUUCUUAAAAUGUUACCUAUGAGGGAUAGCUUCCUCGUCCCUGACCACUCGUGGGGGUCACGACGGACCCUCGUGACGUCGUCUCGUUCCUCGCAAAGUGAAUUAACGCCGAGUUUCGAGGGCAGAAUUCGAAUAAACGACAGACUCGCGGGUUUUGAUUCGGUAAAAAUAAUCGUCCUGACUGUCCACCCGUUUUUCCCAUCGAUUCGCCUGUUUACCACGAGUAAAACUGACUUCAAAUUGCGCACAAUGUAUUCAUGGUAGAUCUUUUUCGAUAGAUUAUUUAUGGUAUCACCAUAGAGAGAACGAAUAAACGGAUCAUGGAACGAAUGCGCGGUAGUCAGGACGAUAUUAUGGACAAUGUGUCGCGGUUACAAGUGUAAUUCUCUCGUCGUUCAACGAGGAAAUGCGUUUAAAUGCUUUUCUAUCUGCCGUUGAAAACGAGCGUCUACACGUUCAUGGAUGAUCUCUGCCCCCGUAACUCGGUUUUUCGCGCACACCAGUCAUCGUCUCAUGCACACACGCACGCAUACAUACACGCGAUAUACACACGGAAUAAUACAUCACACGGAUUAACGAGUCUUUUUCUUUGUGGCUAACGUCUGUCAGUACAAUCGGUAGUCCUUUUCUUGCUCGCUCGAUAGCUUUCUCUCUUUCUUUCUUUCUCGCGAUCGUUCCGUGAACCGCUGGUCGUCCUUGCCCGUACUUGUUCGUUUGAAGCCUCGUCCGCUCGAUCGUAUCUCGAUACGCGAUUCAAACCGUUUUCUAGCUGUCGAUUCUAUUGUUCUCUUAGCCUCCAAGUAUGUUCGACAUAAAUAUUGAAUUCUUUUUUUUUUUGACAAAAUUGAAAAUCGGAAGAUCAUUCCUUUCAUUCCAUAGGAUUGAAAUAUUGAAACUUAAUACUCAAAGAAUAUAAAUUACAAGAUAUCUCUGUUUCUGAAAAUUGAAUACAACAUCUCUAUGUUUCGAGGAUAGUACAACUCUUUGCGAUCGAAAUUUAUGAUAUCUCUAGGAAAGCAUGCUUUUGACUGUCUUGGUUAUUCGUACGUAAUACGGUAAGCUUUUGUCAUUUAUUGCGAUCAAAUUUGAGAAUUUAUUUGAGAAUUUGAAAACUAUUCAGUGAGAAGAGAAAUUGCGCGAACAUACGUCUACAUUUUUCAAAACUUAUUUCAUUUACGUAUCGUCAUGUACAAACGCAAUAUAUUUAUCGCAACCACUACUUUUUAAUUUCCAGUUUAAAAUGAGAAACGGCAAUCGAUCUUCACUGUCCGGUUUCAGCACGAACCAGCUAUAUAGAGAUUUAAUCGGUAAAUAUCAUCGACAGAGAUUCGUGUUCAAAAUCUCACGAUGGUUCGUCGAACUAUGCAAAACCUUGGAUCAGCCUCUAGGAAUAUUAGACAGCAUUUAUCAAUUUACAGAGCACGGUAGCCGAGGAUCGUGGCUGGAUCUCGAAGAGUCUUCAUGAUUCGUGACGCUAGAAUGUAAGGAUCGCGUGCAGAGGCGUUCGCGAUCGAGUGGGAACGAGGCAAUGAAGGGAGAGAAGAAAUCGGUGGCCGAGGUAAAAACACGGCAAAAGAACCAAGAGGCGCAGACCCGUGGUGAACGCAGAAACAACCGUUUCGUACACGACUGACAGAGGCUUCUAGAGGUUCGAAAACGGAUCGUAAAUCGUAAAAAAGUAUUGUAUUAUCGUUAUAAUAUUGGCAUGAUGUCGUUAUGGCACGUUUCAAGUUUAAAUGUUCGGUCGACGCGUAUUACAAGCUUUUUAUCUUACGUUCUCGCUAUACAGGCAUUAAUUGUGGUCGCUUCAGUCAAGAUUUUUAUCGAGAAGAAAAACGUGGAAAUAGAGAAGAACAUAUACAUGUAUAAAAAAAAAAAAUAAAAA